AUGCAGAGAGCCAACGCGUCCAUGGUGACGGAGUUCAUCCUGGUGGGCUUCUCCGCCUUCCCCCACCUGCAGCUGCCCCUCUUCCUGCUCUUCCUGCUCAUGUACCUCUUCACGCUGCUGGGCAACCUGCUCAUCAUGGCCACUGUCUGGAGUGAGCGCAGCCUGCACACACCCAUGUACCUCUUCCUGUGUGCCCUGUCCAUCUCUGAGAUCUUCUACACUUUUGCUAUCAUCCCCCGCAUGCUGGCCGACCUGCUGGCCACCCGCCACAUCAUCACCCGAGGGGCCUGUGCUGCCCAGAUGUUCUUCUCCUUCACGUUCGGCUUCACCCACUCCUUCCUGCUCACCGUCAUGGGCUAUGACCGCUAUGUGGCCAUCUGCCACCCACUGCAUUACCACGUGCUCAUGAGCCCACGUGGCUGUGGCUGCCUGGUGGGUGGGUCCUGGGCAGGCGGCGCUGUCCUGGGCUCCGUGGUGACCGCGGCUGUGUUCAGCCUCUUGUUCUGUGGACCUAAUCAGGUCCAUCACUUUGCUUGCCACGUGCCGCCCCUGUUGAAGCUGGCAUGUGGACACGAGGUGCCCUGGGUGGCCCUGGGCGUGGGCCUGCUGUGCAUCUCCACCCUCCUCGGAUGCUUCCUCCUCAUUGUCCUGUCCUACACUUUCAUUGUGGCCACCAUCCUCAAGAUCCCCUCGGCCGAGGGCCGGCGGAAGGCCUUCUCCACCUGCGCCUCGCACCUCACCGUGGUCGUGGUGCACUACGGCUUCGCCUCGGUCAUCUACCUCAAGCCCAAGGGGCCCCAGUCCCUGGAGGGCGACACUCUGAUGGGCUUCACCUACACGGUGCUCACGCCCUUCCUCAGCCCCAUCAUCUUCAGCCUCCGCAACAAGGAGCUGAAACUCGCCAUCCACAAGACCUUCUUCAGCAGACCCUCCUCGGGAAAGUGGUGA